AUGGCGGAAACGCUGCAGAUUCCGGACGAGGAUGCCGCCUGGCUUGCUCCGCAUCUCUCGUCAGAAUCUGCCAUUCAGUCAGUGAGGAACCAGAAUCGUCCUUUCGUUACUCUGACCUUCGCAACAUCAUUGGACUCUUCGCUUUCCCUCGCUCCUGGGGUGCGUACGCGCCUCUCAGGUCCCGAAUCCAAGGCCAUGACACACUACCUGCGUCGUCAGCACGAUGCUAUCCUCGUCGGAGUCGGAACCGUUCUCGCCGACGACCCCGGCUUGAACUGCCGCAUCGCAGGUGCGGGUCUUGACGCUCAGCCUCGGCCCAUUGUGCUGGACCCUCGCGGCCGCUGGGAUUUCACCGAGCACAGUAAAGUCUUCGAGGUCGCUCGAGCAGGCAAGGGACUCGCGCCUUUUGUUCUCAUCGGGGCGGCAGCGGCUGUUGAUUCCGAGAAGCAGACUGUUCUGGAAGCUCACGGCGGAAAAUUUGUUGUUCUUGACGCCCGAGAGGCUGAACCGCGUUUCGAUUGGCCCUCCAUCCUCUCUGUCCUCUUUGCCGAAGGCCUACGCAGCGUCAUGAUCGAAGGAGGAGGCCAAGUUAUCAACUCGCUCCUGAGUCCCAAUUCCCAACAGCUCGUCGACACGGUCGUUGUGACCGUUGCACCGACUUGGCUUGGGCGCGGCGGUGUUGUCGUUUCUCCAGAACGAGUUCAUACUCCGGAGGGUACGCCCGUUCCUGCUGCUCGACUGGCAGAUGCAGCGUGGCGUCAAUUUGGCGAGGACAUCGUCCUUUGUGGCAAACUCAGCCGAGAGGACUAG